AUGGAUGCUGUUGAUGUGGAUCAUUAUGUUGUAUUGGGUUUGCCAUCCGGGGAAGAAGGAGCAAAACUUAGUGACAAGGAAAUAGGCAAAGCCUAUCGGUCGAAGGCCUUGGAACUGCAUCCUGACAAGAGACUUGACUACCCUGACGCCAAAGCCAAUUUUGUUAGGCUUAAAGAGUCUUAUGAGAUCCUGAAAGAUGCAAAAGCAAGGAAGCUUUUUGAUGAUUUAAUGCGCGUGAGAAGAGAGAAGUUUCGACUCCAAUCGUUACAAAGCGCCAAGAGACGAAAACUGAUGUCUGAGCUUGAAGAAAGAGAACGGUCUGCUGCAUUCGCAGUUGAACCUCAGGCGGAGAGAAUCACUCGGAAGUUUAAAGAGGAGGUUGCUAAAAUCCGUGCUAUGUUUUGUAACAAGACGGCACCUUCAGCUUCCCCAACUCACCCUAAUAAAGAGAAGAAGAGUCGAAGAUCAAAGGGGAAUACUGAGGAGGAAGGAAGCAUUAGCAGCGCAGACAAGGAAAAGAUGGUUAAAGUGUCAUGGGAGGAGUUUGGCACGGAUGAUUAUAGUGCUCAGAGAUUAAGGGAAAUUUUUGGCGAGUUCGGUAAAGUUGAAGAUGUUGCGAUUUUAAGCAGUAAUGAUGACAAGAAAAAGAAGUGUUCGGCGCUUGUUGUAAUGGCUUCCAAAGAUGCAGCAGUUGCAGCUACUUCAACCGUGUUGGGUGAUUUAUCAAAUCCGUUGUUCGUCUCGCUGCUCUAUCCGGCUGAAGCUUCUGAAUUUCAUCCAUUUUCUGGAGUCCAGCGUAAUGUGGAACCUGAAGAACCACCAUUGAGUAAAUUUGUGGGUGCUGGAUUUCAAGCAUUCGAAGAUUUAGUGUUGGGGAACAUGAAGAAGAAGAAGGCUGCCGAAGAACAAAGUGGAUGA